GCCAGGCGCAUGCGCCCUUUCAUUUCUUUGACAGCAGCAAUGGCGUCCUCCAUUGCAGUGUGCAGGUUACAUAUGAGGGGAAGGGGCAGCCUGGCGACGUGCCUACAGAGGGUCGACACGUUUCUUCUCAGAAGUAUUGGAACAAACGUUGCUGCUGCGCAAACUGAAGCACCGCGGAAAGACGAAGCUGAUGAAAAGGAUGGACGGAAGUCUUUGUAUGCUGUCCAGGCGGAGAGACAAGAACAGGCGGAGAGAUCUGUUCUCAUCAGCUGCCCCUCCAGAACCAGUGAGAAAAAGAUUCUCAAGUAUUUAUCAAGACAUGGAGAUAUCAAGAAGUACUUCUCUUAUGAAAGCUAUGGCACGUAUGCAGUAGUGGAGUUUGCUAAACGGGAAAGCGUUGCUUCAAUUCUUGAAGGCGCUGCGAUCCCCAGCGCCAGCCAUGAAUCCAUGGUGCCUUUUAAAUCCAGACUGCUGUCACUCAGAAACCUCGGCCCAGCGGACUCAUCAAACCAGCAGUCGAGCCAACAAAGCCAACCACAAACCACCAUUCCCAUCAACGAGCUCAUAGAGAGGCUGUCCAGAGAGGAGAGCAUAGCCCAACAGAUAACCUCCCUGACAGAAGCCUACCAGCUUACAGAGGAGAACAGCCGACUGCGGUUCCUCGUCUGCUCUCUGCUCCAGGACAUUGCCACUGCUUAUUUCCCAGAAUGCACCAUCAGGCCAUUUGGAUCAUCAGUGAACGGCUUUGGGAAGCUGGGCUGUGACUUGGAUAUGAUUCUGGACCUGGACGGCAUCAGUGGAAGGAAUAUAAAGAUGCCAAAAGCAGGUCUGUCGCUGGAGUAUCAGAUGAAGCGGGCCAACUCAGAGCGGGCUGUCACCCAGAGCAUCCUGUCUGUCAUCGGGACAUGUGUGGACCAGUUUGGUCCCGGAUGUGUUGGGGUGCAGAAGAUUCUCAAUGCUCGAUGCCCCCUGGUCCGUUUCGCCCACCAACCCUCUGGUUUUCAGUGUGACCUCACAGCCAACAACAGGGUGGCCAUCAAGAGCACAGAGCUGCUCUACCUGUACGGUGAACUGGACCCACGUGUGCGUUCCCUCGUGUUCACCGUGCGCUGCUGGGCCCGAGCUCAUGGCAUCACCAGCAGCAUCCCCGGGGCCUGGAUCACCAACUUCUCCCUCACCGUCAUGGUACUGUUCUUCCUGCAGAGGAGGAGCCCUCCAAUAAUCCCCACCCUGGACCACCUCCGAGACCUUGCAGGUCCCGCAGACAAGAGCGUGAUUGAGGGGAACGACUGCACGUUUGUCAGCGACUUCAGCAAGAUCCAGCUCCAGAGCAACACAGAAACACUAGAGCAACUGCUGUGUGAAUUCUUUGACUUCUACGCCACUUUUGCAUUCACUAAGAUGUCCAUAAAUAUCAGAAAGGGCAAAGAGCAGAAUAAGCCAGAGGUGACCCCGCUGCAUAUCCAGAACCCCUUCGAAACCUCUCUGAACGUCAGCAAGAACGUCAACGCCACACAACUAGACCGCUUCGUGGCUUUGUGUCAGGAGAGCUCCUGGCUGCUCCAGCAGAGUGACACCGUCAGUCCUGCAGGUCGUCCCACACCUUGGGGACUGGCUACCCUCCUUCUGCCCUCCCAAAUUGCAGGGAUCAAAAGUCGCAAGAAAAGGAAAAGGGAGGCGGCCAGUGAGAGGAUCAAGGGCUUGCUAGAAUCCCUGAAGAAUAAAAAUCAGCAAAAGAGCUAAGGACUCUUGGAGAUCUCAGAAACAUCCUCCAUUUAUUAUCGUUACUUUAUCUCAUGCACUGGUGGACACCCUUGGGUGAUGUCUGAUGUCUCACCAAGGAGAUGAGGAGAGAGCAGGAGCAGCUUCUGCAGAGGAUACAUCUGCAGGACUGUCAUUCCAAACACAGACACUGGAGGGUGCUACUGAGGCCUGUAUGUGCAUAAGUUUGGGACCUGGAAUAAGGGAGUGAUUGAUGUAUACAUGACUGUACAUCUACCUGCUCUGUUGUAAUUAAAGGAAAUACUGUGGAAACUGA